CUUUAGGAGAACCGCAGGGUCUGCUGGGGCCCCAAACCCUGGUCCUGGAGAACCGCAGGGUCUGCUGGAGCCCCAAACCCUGGUCCUGGAGAACCGCAGGGUCUGCUGGGGCCCCCCUCCAAGGCGGCCAUGGAGAGACGUGGGCGGACAGACGGACAGACGGAACAGCUCUGAGCCACUUUACUGGCUUCCUGACAGCUGACAAGAUGGUUGUCUAUCUGUCUGUCUGUCUGCCUGAGAGAGAGAAAGCGCGAGCAUCUGUCAUCUGUCACUGUACGGCUGACACGAGCGUGCCCUCAAACUGUCAGUCACCAAGUUUAGAUGACGGUCUUGGACGACAGUCUGCUCUUGCAACUCGUCAGAGGUGGUGUUGGACCACGAACACCUCCUGUCAGGUUGAAGGACGCCUCCUUUUCUUCGCCACGCACGUACAGACAGACACACGGACACACCGUCAUUUCCUCCCUUCCUGUACAGAACGCAGAACCCCGCGUCACAGGAAACGCUGAGCUCUUCUGAAGAGUUUCAGAGAAAACGACAGAAGAUGGAAUUUACCCUGAAUUAGUGCCACCUUGUAGUUUGACGCAAAAGCCCAGCUUCGCCCUGUUUCUGGGUCUGGAUUGGUGACGCAGCUUCGGUGGUGAUGGUGCAGAACCACAACAAGCCUGAGGGCGGAAGUGGUGUCCUUUGUCUCUGUGCAUAAAAAAAAAAAAGAAAGAAAUGCUGUUUUUCCACUCGCACAGUUCGCAGAACUUGAAUAACUGUCCCCCCUUUAGCCCCGAUGGAAGAUACGUAGAUCUUGUUGUCAGAAGUACCUUCUACAUGAAUGGAAGUGAUAGUGUCUGCAGAGUGAUGAGCAGUCCUGGGGGGCUAGGGUUGGUAUUAUUAUGUCACGGUGCCCCUGACCUCUUUAACUUUUGCUGGUUGAGAUGAUUGUGUUGUUCUGCUGGGCAGUAGGACAGUCCCCCUAUGAUAGGCAAAACCAAUACAGUCCAACCCAUGACAACUCGCUGGCCUAAUCAAUAAGGUGCAACAUGAUACAAGCUACAGGUCACAUCCAUGACAAUCCAAGUGAAACUUUGGAAGGUGUUGUGCAAUGCGUCUGUCAUCGUGCCUUCCUCUUCUUCGUCCUCUUCUUCAUCGUCCUCACCUUCACUGUUUGCUUGACACAGUCGUCUUCCUCCUUCACCUUCUCUCCUGAGGCACUCCCUGUCAGUCCAUUUGGUUUCCGUGGUGACCGAGGGCUGUGGUUGACGCCCCCUGAUAUGUCCUCCCUGGCCUGGCCAAUCCCAGCCCUUCCUGGCUCAUUGCUGUCUGUGCCGGCUGUGUCCAAGGAUUCACUUGAAGAGGAGCUGAUAGCGUACCAGCGGGAGUUCCACGCCCUGCGAGAGCGCCUCCGUGUGGCGGAGCACAGGACACUGCAGCGAUCCUCGGAGCUCAACAGCAUCCUGGAGCAGUUCAAACGCGCCAUCGCAGAGACCAAUGGCAGCAAGGACGCGCUCACAAACUUCUCCCAUGAGACACAGAAGCUGCUGAAGGAGCUGGCCCACAGGAAGCCACUCCAGGUGCCAAAUAUCUACUACCACAUGCCCCACCUGCUGAACAAGGAGGAGAGCCUAAGGCCUGCUGUGCAGGUGGGGCAGGGCAGGACCGGAGUAACCAUGGUGAUGGGGAUCCCCACGGUGAAGCGGAAGGUGAAGUCGUACCUGGCGGAGACGCUCCACUCCCUCAUCGACAAGCUCUCCCCCGAGGAGAAGCUGGACUGCGUCAUCGUCGUCUUCGUCGGAGAGACAGACUCGGAGUACGUACACAGCGUGGCAGAGGGUCUGGAGAAAGAGUUCUCCACAGAGUUCAGCUCAGGCCUUCUGGAGCUCAUCUCCCCCCCUGCCAGCUACUACCCCGACCUGAAGAACCUCAAGGAGACCUUCGGAGACUCCAAGGAGAGGGUCAGGUGGAGGACAAAGCAAAACUUGGACUACUCCUUCUUGAUGAUGUACGCUGUCAGUAAAGGGGUUUACUAUGUGCAGUUGGAGGACGACAUCGUGGCCAAACCCAACUACUUUGCCACCAUGAAGAACUUCGCCCUGCAGCUGUCCUCCGAGGACUGGAUGAUCCUGGAGUUCUCCCAGCUGGGCUUCAUUGGGAAGAUGUUUCAGGCUCCAGACCUGAACCUGAUCGUGGAGUUCAUCUUCAUGUUCUACAAGGAGAAGCCCAUAGACUGGCUGCUGGAUCACAUCCUGUGGGUUAAAGUCUGCAACCCAGAGAAAGAUGCGAAACACUGUGAGCGGCAGAAGUCAGGUCUGCGUGUGCGUUUCAGACCUUCUCUGUUCCAGCACGUGGGCCUGCACUCCUCUCUGGCCGGAAAGAUCCAGAAGCUCACGGACAAGGACUUCCUGAAGCCCUUGCUGCACAAGAUCCACGUGAAUCCCCCGGCGGAGGUGUCCACCACGCUCAAAGUGUACCAGGGCCACACGCUGGAGAAGACCUACCUGGGGGAGGACUUCUUCUGGGCCAUCACCCCCAACGCCGGCGACUACAUCCUCUUCAAGUUCGACCGGCCCGUCAGCAUCCAGAGGUACCUGUUCCGCAGCGGUAACCAGGAACACCCCGGCGACAGGCUGGAGAACACCACCGUGGAGGUCCUGCCCCUGUCGGGCAUUGGUCUGCAGAAUGUAGAUAAAUACAAACAGACGGAGGAUCACUACUACAGAAUCGGUCAGUUUGAGAAGGGCGUGGCAGAAGCGGCGGUGGACCCCGUCUUUAACCCCGUGGUGGCGCUGCGCCUCUCCUUGCUGAAGGAUUCUGCUGUGUGGGCCAUCAUCAGUGAGAUCCACAUUAAGAAGGUAGCAGGCUAGCAGGCUCCAGUGGUGCUGAUCCGGUUAACGGCUUUCCCCCCCGCACCCCCCCGCCCCCUCCCGCCCCGCCCGAACGGGCAGCCAUGACGACGACGCACCCCGGGGUCCGUCCAUCACCUCGUCCUUCUACCUCACCUGAAUGUGGACACUACUGAAAUACUGAAAAACCAUUUCUGAG